UUGUUCUAAUUUUUAGGGAAAUAUGGGACAAAUAUUUAGACUUUGAAUCUCAAGUUGGUGAUUUAACAAGCAUUUUAAAUGUUGAUCAAAGAAGGCGAGCAACAAAUCCUCAUAGUGAAGAACACAAUUCCCUUUGGUUAAUUGAUCGUUAUAAAUUUUUAAAUUUGACUCCAUGCACUUUGGAUGAAUUAAAAUUAAUGGGUUAUUCUUUGAAAUGUUCCAAACAUAUUUCUCUAUCCGGACAUUCACAUAAUAUUCCCUCUUCAGCAACACAAAAUGGUCAUUUAAAACCUACCCAAAUUCAAAAUAUUAGUAGCUCCACAAAUAUUGGUACAAAUUUGCUAGAAUUGGGGGCUGCUUAUGCUAGACCGGAUACUAGCCAAAUGUUGCCGUUUAAACCAAAACUUCCCCCAGCAGCAUAUCAUCCAGUGCCUGGAGGGGUAUUUCCCCCGCCUCUAAUUAUUUCUCAAUUACUACAAUUAUUGCCUCCUCCAAGGUCAUUUACUGGUCCGUAUGUGGAUAUUGAAGAAUUGGUGAAGAGUUUGGGAAGUUUUAAUCGGGAACCCCCAAGAGUCAAUUUAAAAGAAGGGCCGUCACUUGAUCCUAAUGCAACAUUUGAUGAUUAUAGAGCAGCAGAUGUAAAAAAAGAAUUAUAUCAAUUAUUAAAUACAACAACAGAUCCUAUUGUGUUAAUGGCAUCUUCUGAAUAUCAACAACAGCAACAAUCAAUAAUUGGUUCAAGAAAAAGAACAUUUAAUAAUACAGGGGAUUCAGAUUCUGAAGAUGAAUUACAACGACAGGCACUUGGAGGGGAUUUAUACAAAAGUAGAAUGCAAAUUAAAACAGUCAAAUGAUUAUUUUUUGUUCUCAUUUUUUGUUUUUAUUUUUAAAUAUAAAUUUAAUAUCUGGAGUAAAUUUAAAAAAAAAUAAAUUUUGAAUUUUUUUAAUACCUCUAAUUUUUAUAAUUUUUCGUUUUUGAAGUCUUUUAGAGUGUAAACUUUUUUGAAUGUCGAAGCGAAUACGUCAAGAAAAUUGUGUGAAUGGUGAUAAAGGAAAUGUUAAAUCAACAAAUAAUCAAUGGAGCAAGCCGAAAACUCGUUUGCCUGCACGUUGGCUUUAUUGUCCGCCUAUGGGA